ACAUUUUUUUUUCUAACACUAUUUUUGAACAUGUUACAUAUAUCAAAACUUUGUAUAUAAAGACAGUUCGAUUUAUGAAAAUUAUAUCAAAACUCAAUUUACUUUGUUACCACAAGCAUCAACAAACAAACAAACCUUUCAAGAUGUUCAAAUACUUCGCUGUUGUAUUUGCUGCACUUUUGGCAGUUGUUGCCGCUAAACCAAGUUUGGUAGCACCAGCUGUUGCAUACUCUGCUGCCGCUUAUCCAGCUGCCUACUCAGCAUACGGUGCAGCAGCAUAUACUGCAUACGGUUCUCCAUACGCUGCAGCCGCAUAUUCACCAUACUAUGCUGGUUAUGGUUCAGCUUACAGAUAUUAUUAGGAACUUGGACUGAAAUAUAUUUAUGGAAAUUGACACGACCUACAAGAGUUUGGCACCAUUAUCAAAAUUUGUUUUGUUAUUUAUAUUCACUGUAUUAUUAGUUAAUACAUGUUACUUGAAUAAAUCUUAGUUGUUAUAGCAAAAUA